GUGAUAAUCACCCAUACGUUGAAGAUGUUAAUUUGGAUGGCACACCUUUAGUAGCAACUACAAACACGCCUUCAAAUGCACCCAGUGGUAUCGCUGCUUUUAUUUUAUUAUUUGGAAUAACAGUUGCAACAAUAGUGUAUUGGAAACGUAAAAGAGGUCGAAUUGAUUCUGUAGCAGUAUUUGGUGUUAAUGUUGAAGAACGAUUUCAAAAAUUUUAA